AUGCCAUCUAGAGUUGAGACCAAGGCCAAGCAAACCAGAUUAAAUUCAGCCGUAAGCGCAGUUAAGCAAAAAGACACGAACAAGCCAUCAGUGAAAAAUGCAAAGCCGGCAAACAAGAAAGUCGUCAAGCCCUCCGUGAAACCCAAAUCACCGCUUCCAACCUACAAAGACAUGAUAAUCGAGGGUAUUGCUACGCUUGGCGAGCGCAACGGCUCAAGUCGUCAAGCCUUGAAGAAGUAUAUUUCAGCCAAAUAUCCAGUAGGAGAAGGUUUUGAAAAUAGAUUUAAUCUCGCCAUCAGGCGUGGUAUUGAUUCUGGAGACUUCUCUCAACCCAAAGGCUCGUCAGGCCCCCUAAAAGCAGUAAAGAAGGGACCUGCUAAAUCAGAACACGUUAUUACUCCAAAGCCAGAGGUCAAGGAUGAGAUCCCAAAACGCAGAAGAAGCGCUACCAAAGUGAAGGAUAAUGUAACUGGCGUGAGUCCCUCAAAAGAGAAAAGGAGAGGUUCUGCCACGACAGUUCCAAAGGCAAAACCCCAGGUUAGCAAAAACACCAAAAAAGCUGUUUCAACAAAAACGCCUAUCGCGAAGCCUGCUAAGACAGCGGCCAGUCGAAUCAAAGCUGCUUAA